UGAGGUCGUGACCCGUUGUCGAGGCCGCAAACAGAGAUGAAGCCCCGCCGUCCACGUCAUCGGCAAACAAGGACGAGCUCAUCCCAAACUUGUGUAACAUGCUCAGUCUGCUUUGUGUGCUUCUUGUGCUAUGCGGUGUGCGAGCAGCAGAGACAGAAUCGUACACUUACAACUUGCAAGGAGCGGCUGAAUGUCGCUACUUCUCUGGCCAAAAGUGGCACAUGUUCAGGCUGCAAACGCCCUGUGUCAAGGCGGAGACUGCGAUAUGGCUCAAAGAACGCUAUGUGACAACUCGGCUAUGGCACCCAAAGACACUCGACCAAAAGACUCGCGUGAUUGGUUAUUCGGCCUUGCCUCAUACGAGCUUCGUCGCCUUUACGAUCACGCUGACCAUACAGCCUGAUGAGACAAGAGUCCUCGAGCGUCAUUGCUGUACCUUUGCUUGGCAAGCAGAGAUCGACGCCUUCCUCAGCCGGCGUGCUCUCGAUAGCGUCCGUCAAGGACCGAUCUCACAUUGCUCGCAAGAUCUGGGUCCAAUCUGCGCAGGUCUACAAGACGGUGUCAUCUGCGACGUCGAGACUGCAGAGCUGAUCUGGCCGCCCUUACCAGAACCAGCGUCAGCAUCAGAGACCGAGUUGUGACGCAUUGCAGGGGUAAACCUCACUUCUCACGCGACGACGGCGUUGCGCGCUCGCUCCUCAGCCUCAGCGAUGCUGUUCAUUCUCCUUGGUCUCUUCAUCGUGCAGUGUGCAUGUCGCAAUGCGUACUACAGUGUCACCAUGUACGGCCAGGCGACAUGCAGCUACACCCUCAGUGAUACAAAACCGGCCAUCGUGUUUACGGUCGAAACAUACGAAACCGAAGCGUGGCUAGUCGCAAGACUUGACCGGGAGAACGCAUACGUCGUCAGUGUCUCGGAGCCUGACCGGACAUUGCCAACAUGGAUUAUAUGCAGAGCAUGCUUUCUUCGCCAGCAUGACCGUCCAACUCAUC